CCCCGUAUCUAUUGUACUCGACGUCGGAUGUCUUUGGAUGAUUCAUGAUCUUGAUACCCUUGCAUAUCGGACUUUGGAGUUAGUUGUUGGAUUUUCUGUUCGUGUAUAAUUUUCUUUGCCUUCCCUUUUUCCGUCUCCGGCCUCCUUAUCCCUCGGAUAUCCUAUUUUCAUGUCCACACUUCAUGCGGGUUUCUGCCGUGUUGCCUUUGUGAAUGCCCCGAGUACUCUUUCCAAAGACCCUACUCGUCUUUUUCUUUUCUUAUCCUCUGUUUAUUCUGCGCUUGCAUUUUCACGUUGCAUCUUAUGUUUGGCAAAGAGCAAGGCGUACGCUGUUACUCUCCACUUUUACCCAUUUGCAUGUGCCUGGCUUUUGUCACGAUUUUUGCACGGAUCAGCUGCAAUUAAGUGUAAAGAAAGCUUUGAGCACGAUAGUCUUCUACGCGGCUCGGAUUUGUAUCUGCUUUUGAAGUGGUGCAUAGUGGGUUGAUAGUCGACAAUCUACAAAUACUUUCAGCGUGAACUAAUGAAAUACUCGCUGGUCAACUCGAAUAUUUCGUAGUGUGAAUGGAA